AUGGCGCCUUGCAUAAAUUCUUUAGUAGACAAACCGAUACGAAGGAUCGGUCAAUUCUUAUUCAUUAUUAUGAUGAUAAUGCAGGAAGUGGACAGUAUCGGAUGUUUUGUUUGCUUCUCAUUCAACGGAUCAGAUCCAUCCUGUGAGGAUACAUUUAACUCGACGAUACUUCACAAAGAAUCGAAUAGGAUUGGUGUAGGAAACUACCAUUAUCCUUGUUGGGCCCUCAAAAAAAAGCGCCAGGGUUUAUUUCCUGCUGAUCAUUGCAUCAAAGUGAAUGGACACCGAAUAGACGAUGCGUCACAAACUAUGGUAAUUCGGACUUGUGCGCUGGAUUCGGGUACUUUCACUGCAGAUACAGAAAUUGUACGCAUAUCGCAUUGCGGUCAUUUCAACUAUAAGGGUCAUCAGUAUUCUGGAUGUGUUCAAUCAUGUGAUACUGAUGGAUGCAAUGGUGCUAAUAAAAUGAAUACCAAUUUAUACAUUCCCUAUGUGGUACCAAUAAUAGUCAUGAUUUUUAUCACUCUUCAUUAUCAAAGUUCACCUGAUUUUAUGAAUAUCAAUAUAUUGUUAGAAAUUGUUGAUAGGGUGUUCAUACGUGUCCUCACUUGUAAUUCUUUUUGCUAUUUAUGA